AUGGCCGAGCACCUGCAGGCACCGUUCAACAACGUCAACCCAGUGAUGGCGGCCGACCCGCACGAGAGGGAGCGAUGCGCAAAGCUGAUGCUAGCGUACAUCUACCACAACCUCCCCGACUACCCCCUCUACAACGGCGCGCGGCUCACCGCCCUCCCCGCCGCCCGCAUCAGCCGCCUCCCCCGCGAGAUCCUGCGCGACAUCGUCGCCCGCCUCCCCGUCAAGGACGCCGCGCGCACCGCCGUGCUCUCCUCCCGCUGGCGCGCGCUCUGACGUUCCACGCCCCUCGUCCUCGUCGACAUCCACCUCCUCCCCAAAGCCCAGGCCUUCCGCCCAACGCCGGCCAACUCGCCGGCUGUCAUCGCCGCCGUCUCCCGCAUCCUCGAAGCGCACCCGGGCCCCUUCUGCUGCGUCCACCUUAUCUGCAGCCAGAUGGACGGGUACCGCGCCCAGCUCGCGCGCUGGCUCCAGCUCCUCGCCGCCAAGGGCGUCCAGGACCUCCUCCUCGUGAACCGCCCGUGGCCGCUCGAGGUGCCCCUCCCCGCCACGCUCUUCACCAUCACCACCCUCACCCGCCUCUACGUCGGCGUCUGGAAGUUGCCGGGCACGGCCGCCCUGCGUGGCGCCUCCUUUCCCCGCCUCCGGGAGCUCGGCCUCUAUUUCGUCGAAAUGGAGCACGGCGUCGUCGACUCCCUCGUCGCCAGGAGCCCCGUCCUGGAGAUCCUCAACAUCGUGGGAUGCAUGAAGGGUGGGUUGCGUCUACGUCUCGUCAGCCAGAGCCUGCGGUGCCUGCAAAUCUGCGGCUUUGUUUUGGAGGACAUCGCCGUGGUGAAGACUCCAUGCCUCGAGCGGUUCAUCCUGUCAUCGCCUUGCAAACCCGCUGGUGGCUUGUGCACCAGGCUCAGGAUUGUCGAUGCCCCCAAGCUGCAGGCGUUUGGAUAUUUAGAGCCAGGACAGAUCCUAGAGGUCCAAGGCACUGUCAUCAUGCCCGGAAUAAAGGCGAGCGAAAGUGCCUUGCUCACAAGCGUGAAGAUUCUUAGUUUGAAUGUGUGUUUCGGGGUUCGCAAUGACGUUAAGAUGGUGCCCACCUUCCUCAAAUGCUUUCCCAACGCCGAGAGACUGCAUAUUAUGAGCGCAAAAUGUGGUCAGCCCACUGGUAACCGCCUCACCGUCAAGUUCUGGGAGGAGUCUGAUCCCAAACAAAACCUCCUCUCGCGCAUCAACAUGCUGACUUUCCGGGAGUUCAAAGGGGACCGAGGUGAGGUUGGCUUCCUAGAGUUCGUCUUUCAGAGUGCACGGGCGCUGGACAAGGUAGCUAUUUUCAUGGCCAAUCCAAGCUUCAUGCGGUUCUCGACGGACGAGGCGCUUGUCAAGGCGCAAUACAGCGCUAGAAACCUGGCGAGUAAAUAUUGUGAAAAGUGCAUCAUCUGGAGUAGCCGUCCUGAAGGAGGCGAUGCUUGGAGCCUCAGAGUCGGGGCAGAUUUCUCCUUCGAGGACCCGUUCACG